AUGGAAGAUGCAUCUGAAUCUGCUGCUGGAGUGCAAAAAAAGGUUGCAAAGGAGGAAAUCCAUCUGAAAGUCAAGAGCAAGGAUACAGAACCAAAUGACGAGAAGGGAGACAAAGCUGAGGUGGAAGUUGAAUUGAAGACUAAAUCGGUAGAAAAGAAAAAGUCAAAGGAGAAGGAGAAGCAUAAAGAAAAAGAUGAGGAGAAAUCAGAGAAAAAGGAGAAUUAUAAGGAGGAGGAUGAAGAUGCGAAGCAGGAGAAGCAAAAGAAAGAGAAGGACAAGAAGAAGAAAGGAAAGGAAGGUGAGGAUAGUGUAGGUGAAGAGUCAAAGGUGGACAAUGAAGCUGUAGAGGCUAAGAAAAAGGAAGAGAAAAAGAAUAAUAAGAAAGACAAGGAAAAAGAGGGAAAGAAGAAGAAGAAGAAAGAUGACGAGGAUAAAGAAAAAGUGGUUGAGGAGUGCAAGGAUAGAGGUUUGAGUGCUAAGGCAGAGGAGGAGGAUAGGAAAAGUGAAGAGGUGGAGGAGAAGAAAAAAGAAAAAGAGGAGAAGAAAGGAAAGGAAAAGAAGGUCAAAGACAAAGAGAAGAAGGUUGAUGAAGAAUCUGUGGAAGAAACAGAAAAAAACAAGGGGGGUAAAGAGGACAAAGAUGAGGGGGAAGAAGAAGUUGAUGAAGAUGAAGGGAAAGAAGAAAACAAGAAGAAAAAGAAGAAAGAUAAGGAGAAGAAAGACAAGAAGCACGAGGAUGAAGCAGAUGAUGACAUAAAAGAUGGGGAUGAAGAGAAAGAAGAGAAGAAGAAGAAGAAAAAAGAGAAAAAGGACAAGGAAGAGAAAGUGCAGAAGGAACACAAGGAUGAAGCUCCUCGGUCAAAGUGCGAGGAUGAGGUUAUCAUCAGGGAGAUUGAAAGAAAUGAUGACUCACCAGCGGAAGAAGAGGAGAAGAAGCAGAAAGGUAAGAUAAAAGAAGGUAAGGAGACAAAGAAAGAAAAAGAUACAAAGGAAAAGGGUGAUAAGAAAAGAAAAACUAGUGAGAAGGACAAGAGCAAGGACAUUGACAAGCUGAAACAGAAGUUAGAGAAGAUCAAUGGAAAAAUAGAAGCUCUUCUUGAGAAAAAAGAAGACAUUUUGAGGCAGAUAAAAGAAGCUGAGAGUGGGAGCAGCAUUGCUCCAGAGAAGGAAAAAGAUGGCCCAAAGGCUCAUGUGGAAUGA